CAACAACAUCGAUAUGGAGAAACCCAGUACCAGCAGGGAUUCCGGUUUGUCAAACAUGAUGAAUCGUAUGAGUUGGGAAGACAAGAGUGAUGACUCGGAUCAAGAUUACAACUGGAAACGGAAUAACUACCACGGCGCACCGUAGUCAAAUUAAGAUCAUCGACGAUGCGGACGGUCGUACGCGGAGACGGAUGGUGGUUUAUGUCGAUCCUAUUGUCGAUACCGAUCCAUUACCACCACCACCUAGUACGUAUCACGAGGAACCAUGCGAGGAGCCCUUCCGGGGAUUCUCGGAGAGCGACUUGCGGGGACGAGAAGACGAGAUACAAACGGUUAAGCCGAAUCGAAAACGAAAGAUGGAUGAACAUUUGGCGCUCGAUGGCCUGCCGAGGCGUUCGAAGAGAACGCGGAAGAAUUACCAUAAAAGUGAAUUUCAAUAUUUUUGAAUCGAAAUGAAUUUUGUUAUUAUUGUUAAUAUUUGUUAACUAUAUUUUAAAAAAAUUGA